AUGGCUUCCCAAAAACCACGUGGUCGUACUGGUCGCUCUGCUUGCCCCGAGAGAGAAUACCCGCUCAUGUCUCGCGAGGAGAUUGAGAGAAUGAUUGCACAGGGCCGAAGCCUUAUUAUAGUCAACCAGCAUGUUCUGAGAGUGGAUGCUUGGCUGCCGUACCACCCGGGUGGAUCGAAGGCCAUCAUGCAUAUGGUCGGAAGGGAUGCGACAGAUGAAGUGAACUGGAUUGGGAGAAUAGAAGGCGUCUGGGAGAAUUUUAUACCACCUAUACAAGGUGGCGGUUUCCAAGAACACGUCGGGAUGGCAGCCACGACAGCAUCGAUCGCUUCGACAGCAUCCACAGUAUUGACGGCCAGAUAUUCCAGCAGUGGACCAAGCUCUCGGUCCACAUCCCCACUUCCCAUGUUUGACGACGAGGCCAACGGUGCUCCUUCGGACGACUGCGCGUACCCAUGCAAAGAAAUACGAAGACGGGCUGGGCACCUGUCAUUAUCGCCCUGUACUGCGACGCCAUCGUCUGCCUCACAGAUUGAGGACUGCAACGACACCACAGGAGAAGUGAAAAAAAGCACGUGUAGGACGGCAACUGCAUUUUUGGAUGCGAAGACGAGGGAUGAAAUCCAGCUUGAUCUCGAGAAAUACCCGUCCCUUGACAUGCGGACACAGCAAAACGUGGUACUCAAAUAUCGCGAACUACACGACAAACUACGCGCAGCAGGUCUUUUUGACUGCAACUAUACAGCGUAUGCAUGGGAAGUUCUACGUUACGUCACCCUUUUUGUAUUGAUGCUUGCGUUUUUGCGUUUGCGGUGGUAUGCGACCAGCGCGGCCUGCCUGGGGGCUUUUUGGCACCAGCUGGUGUUCACAGCCCACGACGCUGGCCAUAUGGGGAUCACGCACAAUUUCCAUGGAGACACGGUGAUAGGCAUUAUCAUUGCCGAUUUCCUCGGCGGCCUCUCAAUCUGCUGGUGGAAAGACAACCACAACGUGCACCACAUUGUGACCAAUUCGCCCGAACAUGACCCCGACAUUGAGCACAUGCCUUUUUUGGCAGUGUCGCAUCGAUUGUUGCAGUCCCUGCGAUCGACAUAUUAUGACAGAGUCAUGGAGUACGACGCGGCUGCUCGAUUUUUCCUGUCGAUCCAAGCGUAUUCCUAUUAUUUGAUACUGUGCUUUGGUCGCUUCAACCUCUAUCGUCUGUCUUGGCAGUACAUUAUACUCGGUCUUGGGCCGCAAAAGGGCCCGGCAUGGUGGCAUAGGUGGCUGGAAGCUGCCGGGCAGGUCUUCUUUUGGGCUUGGUUUGGGUAUGGUAUUGUGUACAAGAGCAUCGAUUCCAAUUGGGGCCGCUUCGUUUUUGUCAUGGUCAGUCACAUUAUGACGAUGCCUCUGCAUCUACAGAUAACCCUGUCACACUUUGCUAUGAGUACAGCAGACCUUGGACCGCACGAGUCGUUUCCGCAGCGAAUGCUACGAACGACGAUGGACGUCGACUGUCCUCAGUGGCUCGAUUUUUUUCACGGCGGGCUACAAUUUCAGGCCAUUCACCACCUGUACCCGCGCAUGCCUCGGCACAACUUAAGGACGGCACAAAAAAUGGUGUUAGACUUUUGCAACGAGGUCGGAAUCCCUUACGCGCUAUACGGGUUUAUUGACGGCAACAAGGAGGUGAUUGGGCGAUUGGCGGACGUGUCAAAACAGGCUGCCAUUCUAGCACAAUGCCAGAAAGCUAUUGCUGCUGGCACGGCCUAG